GUAAAAUCGGUUUUGCAUUCUAUCACCCCUUUAAAUAUUGAAAUAUCUUUGAAGGUAAUAUUUCUGUGUGAGUGUUUUUUUUGUUUAGUUGUUUGAUAGUAUUUGGGAGAGAGUUCCAUUCACACAUUGCUCUGUACCUAACUGAACGCUGAAGUGAUUUGGUUUUCACUUUAGGUACAAUAAAAUGACCUACUGCAUGCCUCAUUGGAUAAUGAUGUGUAUCAGUACUUAAAGAUAGUUUUGUAUAUAAAGUAAAAGGUCUUUUGUUUGUUGUAACAUUAUGUAAAAAAAAAUUAGUGAAUACACAAAUCUAUUUUUAGCUUUAAACCAUCAGAGGCUUUCAUGCAUUUUAUCAACAUUUGAUCUAAACCCACAUGAGUGGUUCAUGUGAUUUCAUACAUUAGCAGUGAGAUAAUUAAUGCAUAAUAAUCAUGAAAUAGUGAUUAUUUUUCAGACCAUAAUCAUACCAACAAAGUGUGUAAUUGUUGCAUCCCUAGAAACAACAGAACUGGACAAUCCUCAUGCUUCUUUUGAGCUACCAGUGUGACGGCAUUUUGCCUUCCCCUGUGAGUUAUGUAAACAAACAAUUGUUGAAGCUUGUUGGCUCUGACUGGACUUCAUGGUGCAUUCUGCUGGCCCUCUGUAAACUCAUAUUGCAUUCAUGUCCCCCUUGUUAUUGUGUCAGUGCUGGAAAGAAAAUGUAAAUCGAAGAUUGAAUUGAAAAUACUGACACCCCUAUUUAUUAUGAGAGUGAAUAGAGCUAUGUAUCAAAUUAUUGUUAACAUUCACAUUAAUAGCUGUUAGUUUGUGUUUCACCUUUACCUUCAGAUGUCCAGAAAGUGAUUGUUGGUGAAGAACAUCAGCAGGAGUGGAGCUCCAGUAUGGACCAGGAGGACACAAAGCCCCCCCACAUUAAAGAAGAACAGGAGGAGUUCCGGAUCAGUCAGGAUGAAGAGCAGCUUCAAGGGCUGGAGGAGGCUGAUAUCACCAAGUUCACAUUCACUCCUGUCCCUGUGAAGAGUGAAGAUGAUGAAGAGAAACCUCAGUAUUCACAGCUUCAUCAAAGACAAACUGAAGUGAUAAAAACAGAAGCUGAUGGAGAGGACUGUGGAGGACCAGAACCAGCCAUGAAAUCAGAUCCAGAUACACAUUUACAACCAGACACUGAUGACGAGACUGGAGACUCUUCUGAACCUGAGACUGAUGACAGUGCUGAUUGGAAAGAGACCAGAGAACCUCAGUCAGGUUCAAACUCUCUGAAUAAUGAUAGAUUCCCUGUUAGUGAUUCAAGAUGUACUGCUGGUGAGAAACCAUUUAGCUGCUCUGAGUGUGGGAAAAGAUUUGGCACCAGUAUAAAUCUAAAGAGACACAUGAAAACUCAUAAAGGAGAGAAACCAUUUAGCUGCUCAGUCUGUAAGAAAGUUUUUACCAUGAGGGAAAGUUUAAAGAGACACAUGAGAUAUCAUACAGGAGAGAAACCAUUUAGCUGCUCAGUCUGUAAGAAAGCUUUUAUAGUGAGCGGAUAUUUACAUAGACACAUGAGAAUCCACACAGGAGAGAAACCAUUUAGCUGCUCAGUCUGUGAGAAAGCUUUUACAGUGAGUGGAAGUUUAAAGAGACACAUGACAAUCCACAAAGGAGAGAAAUCAUUUAGCUGCUCUGAGUGUGGGAAAAGAUUUGCCACCAAUGCACAUCUGAAGAGACACAUGAGAUAUCAUACAGGAGAGAAACCGUUUAGCUGCUCAGUCUGUAAGAAAGCUUUUACAGAGAGUGGAAAUUUACAGAAACACAUGAGAACCCAACACGUGAGUGUUACAAGCUCCCCCCUUGUUUAGCUUCUCCCUGUUUGAUCUACUCAGGUGAUCCAGAUUUGAUUGUUAGUGGUUGGCUCCGCGCCCUGUAAUUAAGGCUGGAGGACUCUAUCAGUAUGAAGCAGAUGUGCACCAGUGUGUUUAUUAAUUGGGGAAUUGAGGUCUGAGGGGUAUGGCACAAAACCAAGAUGAUAUUUGGAAGUAAAUUCAUGAUAUUUGGAUAUUGUACUAUAAAAACAGAUGUAUAAAUGGUAAUUAGGACUGCAGCUAUCGAUUAUUUUAUUAAUCAAGUAUUCUACAGAUUAUUCCAUCAAUUAAUUGAGUAGCCUAAUCGGAUAAGAUACUUUUGUUUUAUUGAAGAGCAAUAAUGGACAAUAGUUUAAUUUACUUUUCGGAAAAAGCAACAUUUGUAUUGCGUACA